UGAAACUGAAUUAUUAUUACAAACAAACCAAAAUCCGAUUCAAUUAUGUUGUGACUUUUUAUUCGCAAAUAGAAACAUUUCAAUUGAACAAAAAUGGAAGAUUUCAAUCAUAAAACGGUGUUUGUGUUGGAUCACACACAAUAUUUCGGCAUUUCUGGAGACAAUACAUUCCAGCUUGAAUUUGUGAAUAGCAAAGGAAUCGAAUCAGUGGUGCCAGUUUCAAAGAGCCUUUGGACGACGUCUGUUGAAACAGCGGCCGAAUACUGUCGUAUCGUUUGGGAUUUAUUUCCGACCGGUAAAUAUAUUCGAUUCAUAGUAAGCGAUGCAAAUGCUCACAUUGUGAAUACAUGGGCGCCCGUAACGCAAAAUCUAACGCAUGUAAUGAAUGCAAUGGCCAUGGUUGGUACACCGCCACCGUUACCACAUUCAGCUGAAUUUACAGUGAUUCAUGGUUUGCGUGCAGCUGUUGAAGCGCUGGCUGAACAAACCGAACAACAAAAGGAAAAACGAGCAAAAGGUGUUAAAGUGAUGAAUCGGGCACGAGUAAUUUGUAUCACAUCCGCACGUGAUGAUUCAAGCAUGAAAAGUUUGGAAGAAAUUUUCUACACCGUGGUAACACAGCAAAAUUUUCAAACGACACAAGGUGCAUCCGAAUUUAUAAAAAUCGAUCAAUGUCAUUUGGUUGUGAUAAAUUUGCAUCCCUCUGGAUUAGACUCAAUGGUUACAAAUCGUCCAUUGCGUGAUCUGAAUGGCACGGUCAAAGCAGAGGUUCAUUCGGUGAAAGCCCGUGAUUUUGGCAACAAAUUGACUCAUUUGAUUUUGCCGCAUUAUGAUUUGGCCAGUACUACAGUGACCGGUAUACCAAUGAAAGAGGAACAAAAUGCAAGUUCAAGUGCAAAUUAUGAUGUGGAAAUUUUCCAUUCGCGAAAAUCACAUUCGAUCAUUUGUCGUAACGAACAAGAGCUACCAACGAGCAUCAAAGAAAAUGCUGAAUAUGAGACGGUUACAUUGAAAUGGUGUACACCACGCGGCGUUGGAGCAGCCGAACUACAGCCGUGUUUGGCACAAUAUCGAAUUACACCGGUCGAUGUUACAUCACGCCCCAGUUCGUGUUUAAUCAAUUUUCUUCUCAACGGACGAUCCGUUCUACUCGAAAUGCCAAGAGAAACGGGCGGAAAGAUAACCAGUCACAUGCUAUCGGCACAUGGUGGUGAGAUUUUCAUUCAUACGCUACACACAUCACGCAGUUGUCUAGAAGACUUACCAUCAGUGUUGGAAAGUAACAGUGGAAAAGUGACCGACUAUCGUAUAAACGACUUUGCAUCGAUCAUUCACAAUUUUAAACUCAUUCCGUUGAAACAAUAUCCGGAUCGAUUGCCAGACCGAAAUCUCAUGCGAUUGAGAGCGAAAUUUUGUAAAACCACAAAAUAUUUUCCUCUCACCGCUGGAUCCACCAUUGUAUACAACGUUCGACAGUUUCUCGAACCAAUGCUCACCAUGAUUGGCAAGGAAGAAAUAAGUGACGAUGAAAUUCUGAAGUGUCAGCAAAUAAUUUACAAUUUGAUUGCAUUCGAAGCUCGACAAGAACCACUAACACUACCGAUUGGACAUCACAAACUUAAAGGCACCAAGAAAGAUGAACAGUAUAGGUUACUUUGGGCCGAAUUGAUUCAUAUUCUGCAAAUUGGUCCACAAUCAUCAAAUCACAAGAAACUAUUGACAUUCAUCAAAAAUGAAAACGUGUCGGAAGUGAGCAAAGAUUCGAAACGGCUCAAUACACAAGUAACAAAUUCACCAAUGUCACCGCCCGGCUCAAGUGACUCGACCGCCAGCAAGAAAAAAGCCCAACAUUCAUUGCUAUCCUCAGGCAAUCGAUCUUUAUACGAAAUUCAAGUGGCUGCAGAUCGUGCGUUAAGUAGAAAACGUCUAGACUUUGCCGGUCGCUUGUGUACUCCGCUCGGAAAAAUUGCAAAAUUGUAUCCCAACCUAAAACUCGACAGUGUGUAUACAGAUCAAGACGCACCACAGUUUUCGCCAUAGUUUUUAUGUUAAGAAAAAAAAAACAUUAAUGACAUGUUCAUAUAUUUUGUUUGAAAGGUCAAAGUUGUUAAAUAAAGAUAAACAUGUUAUAAUUA